AGGAUGAGCUGCGGGUACAUCCUGUGCACUGUCCUGCUCUCGGUGGCUGUCCUCCUGGCAGUGACGGUCACGGGGGCCAUCCUCUUCAUGAACCACUACCAUGCGCCCGUCACCGAGUCACCCCCCGUCAUCAGCACCAACCCCGAGGAAGCCAACGCGCUGGUCACCAUCGAGAAAGCCGACAGUUCCCGCAUCAACAUCUUCAUCGACCCCAACUGCCCCGAUGCGGCGGGCCCCUUCGGGCGCCUGGAGGGGCUGCAGACCUCGCUGCUGCGCACCGUCACCGACCACGAUGCCGAGGCCAAGGCCACCAGGAGCCAGCAGAAGGCCUUGCUGGUCACCGUGGCAGACGAGGUGGCCAAGGUGCUGACCCACGCCGUGCAGCUGCGUGCCGACUGUGACGGGCUCAAGAAGGGGCACAGCACCAUGGGGCAGGAGCUCAGCACCCUGCAGGGGGAGCAGGGCAGGCUCAUCCAGCUGCUCUCGGAGAGCCAGACCAACAUGGCUCGGCUGGUGAGCUCCGUCAGCGACGUCCUCGACACGCUGCAGAAGGAGCGUGGCAGUGCCCGGCCCCGGCUCAAGGCCGACUUGCAGCGAGCACCAGCCAGGGGAGCACGGCCCCGGGGCUGCUCCAACGGCUCCCGGCCCCGAGACUGCUUUGACAUCUACGCGAGCGGACAGCAAGAGGACGGGAUUUACUCCAUCUUCCCCACGCACUAUCCCUCUGGCUUCCAGGUCUACUGUGACAUGACGACGGACGGGGGCGGCUGGACG